CCGGAUAGCUCGGAUGGACCACCACUUUGCACCCCCUCCGCCAGAGAUGCAGCCGCACAGGGCUCGGGGCCCCAGGACAACUUUCUCUCGCAGCCACUUGCUGGGGCGCCAUAGCCACCAAAAGCUCACUGGAGAUGUGUCCCCCCUCAUCCCUGUCAUCAAGAAGGCUGUCCAUUUGGAUACCUUUCCCCAAAGCAAUGUCCUACAGACUUCCAGCCAACCAAGCCUUAGAUCCAGGGCCUGGAGUGUGUCCCAACAGGGCACCUUAGGGCCCCUGAGCUCCCUGCCCCCCAAUAGCUUUAUGCCCAGGAAACUCAGCUCUAUUUCCUUCACGAUUCGUCAGAAUGUCCAAGCACGGCACCUAGAUGCCUCAUUUUCUCGUUGGGAAGAGUUGUCCAAUUUGGGCAAGGAGGCUGUCACCCAUGGAGAAGGGAGGCUGUCCACUUCAAGAUCACCACCCAUGGCCCAAGUGCCAGAGGUCAGGACCUCCUCUGAUGGCCACAGGAACCCAGAUCUUACCAAAUCCAAUAGGACACCCUCAGGAGAUAAGCCUCUGAUGUCUUCAUAUCUGUCUUUACCGUUCCAAUCUCAGUUCGAUCAGAGUUCAGGCCCUGUGGGUCAAGUCCAUACCAGAACCUCUCCAGUAAGAGGCAAGUCCAAGCCCAGGGGUAUUCCCAGGUCUCGAGCAUACCUCCAAAGGGCUACCACUCCUACAAAUUUGUCUGCUGUGGGCACAAAACUAGAUAUAGCCAGAAAUUUAGGCACAAUGGCCAUCAAUAGACCUGAGCUGGCUAUCAGUAUGUCCACACCAAACCCAUCCAGAAUGGUCAGAGGCACUGAGCUUCCGAUUCUAGGUGCCAAGAUGGGCAUGGCCAUUGACUUACCAAUAGCAUCCAAGGCAGGAAAAGCCACAGAUUCGGUGAUAGCACGCCCACCCGAACUAGGUACAGACGUGGAUUUAGCUAGAGCAGGGACAGACAAGCCAGGCCAGGUUCUGAAUUUGGUAACUGCAGCUUCAGACAAGCUGGAAAAUGUCAUGGUUAUGAGCAGGGAUGGCUCAGUCAUGGCUUUGGAAAUACCAGAUCAGGUCAAUCUGAGCAUAGCCAGGUUGGACACAGCCACAGCUUUGGCUGGAGCCAAUAUUGCCAAGCUGGACACAAUUAUAGAUUCUUCUGUGUUGGACACAAGCAGACUGGGUACAGCCAUGGACCCAAUUGUGCUGGUCUGCCCAGACCCAGCCACUGGUGAGAUGGAGCUAGACAUUGUCAAUCAUCUGACCAUCAAAGAUGCUGCAACCUAUUCUGUGAUGCCAAGCAGAAGCAGCACAGACACAGGCCAGGACCAUGCCACUGUGGAUGCUGCCUCACUGGACCUGGCCAGAGAACCCACAGGACUCCCAGAGGCCAGGACGGACGCAGCUAUGUCAGAGCUGGUACCUGAGCCCAGGCCUAAGCCAGCGGUGCCCAUGAAGCCGGUCAGCAUCAACUCCAACCUGCUAGGCUACAUCGGCAUUGACACCAUCAUCGAACAGAUGCGCAAGAAAACCAUGAAGACUGGUUUUGACUUCAACAUCAUGGUCGUUGGCCAGAGUGGACUGGGCAAGUCAACGCUGGUCAACACACUCUUCAAGUCCCAAGUGAGCCGGAAGGCCUCCAGCUGGAACCGGGAGGAGAAGAUCCCUAAGACUGUAGAGAUCAAAGCGAUCGGGCAUGUGAUAGAGGAAGGCGGUGUCAAAAUGAAGCUGACAGUCAUCGACACGCCAGGGUUCGGGGACCAGAUCAACAAUGAAAACUGCUGGGAGCCCAUUGAGAAAUACAUCAAUGAGCAGUAUGAGAAGUUCCUGAAGGAAGAGGUCAACAUCGCCAGGAAGAAGCGCAUCCCUGACACCCGCGUCCACUGCUGUCUCUACUUCAUCUCCCCCACGGGACACUCCUUACGACCGCUUGAUCUUGAGUUCAUGAAACACCUCAGCAAAGUGGUGAACAUCAUCCCUGUCAUUGCCAAGGCUGACACCAUGACCCUGGAGGAGAAGUCCGAAUUCAAGCAGAGGGUUCGCAAAGAGCUUGAAGUAAAUGGCAUUGAGUUCUACCCUCAGAAGGAGUUUGAUGAAGAUUUGGAGGACAAAACAGAGAACGACAAAAUCAGGCAGGAGAGCAUGCCCUUCGCUGUGGUGGGGAGUGACAAGGAGUACCAAGUAAAUGGCAAGAGGGUCCUCGGCAGAAAAACCCCCUGGGGGAUCAUCGAAGUGGAAAACCUCAACCACUGUGAGUUUGCCCUGCUUCGAGACUUCGUCAUCAGGACUCAUCUCCAGGACCUCAAAGAAGUAACUCACAACAUCCACUAUGAGACUUACAGGGCCAAGAGGCUCAAUGACAAUGGAGGCCUCCCUCCGAACAAAAAGCUGUGCACCUCACUCAAGAGGUCUGGGGAAGGUUUUAUUUUAAAAUGCUGGGAGCAGGUGAGCCACAGGCAACUCGUUCUUACUUCUGACCCAUCCACAAACUGGGGCUGCAAGUCUUCUUCACGGACAGGUGGCUGAGCUAGCCCAGGGUGGGGUGUGGGGGUUCGGAGCAGCCUUCACUGUGGGUUGAAGUGGCCUGGGGUAAGGCUAGGACUUCUUGGAAAAGUGCAAAGAAAGGUCAUGGGAAGCAGAGAAGAGCGCUGAGGGGGUCCCUGCAGAAUUAGUGCCUGGAAAUGGAGCUCUACCCUUGGGUCCAUGUCAGGGUCACCAUCGAGUACUGCCAUCACCGCUACAGGCCACCACUCUCUGUGCUCCCUCUGCCCAUAGUUCCAGACUGGCUGGUUGUCUCCUCUUCCUGCUUUCUCUCCCCACAACAUCCUUUGCUUUCUCUCUCCAUAUAUUCAGACAUUUUCCAUCCUGUCUGUCUCUGACCUUUUGUUUCCUUCUUAGCUCCUUAUGUUAGCUUCAUUUCUAUAUUUAGAAAUCAUGCCCAGCCUACUUCUUAAAUUGUCUUUCUGCUGCCCUAAAAUAAAGUUACAACUAGGGGCUGAAGAGAUGCCUCUGUGCUUAAGAGCAACUCCCACUCUUGCAGAGGACAGGUUCGGUUCCUAGCACCUACUGGGCAGCUUACAGCUAUUUGCGACUCCAGUUCCAGAGGAUCUGACAGCCUCUUUUAGCUUCCACGAGCACUGUGUAUACAUGCAUACAUACAUACAUACGUACAUACAUGGAGACAAGCUCUCCUAUGCAUAAGAUCAAAAUAAAUACAUAUUAAAAAUAAAAUCACAAGUCGAUGGGACAUUGUACACUGAGAUUGCAAGAGAAAUCAGCUAUAGGGAAUAGAAAAGCCAGUUUCUGUGGCUGAGCACUGAAAUUUGCCCUGAAUUUGGGAGUAAGCCCCUAGGCAAAUAGGGGAAGUUGGUUCCUUGGGCUGCCCCCAGUGCUCUGUUCAAGGAAGCACACAUACCGGUCAAGUGAGGCAGCUUUUGGUGGAGGACAUUACAUUUGUGAACUAAUUCUGAAGUAUCAGAAGCAACAUGUGGAAUUUCUUAGGGGGCUGGGCUUUGGAGACAAAUUCUAGGACACAUUUCCCUUUCUCUAGAGUCAUCUUUCUGCGUUAAGCCGGCUUUUCUGUGGCUUUGCCUCAUGUGAACCCCAAUCAUUCUUUCUCUGUCCUCAUUUGUCUGCCUUUCCCAGCUCCCCUCCCCCCACUCCAUUCUCCCACCUUCCAAUCCUGCAGAUGUUCCGAGGAGCAUACACCCAUAAGCAUACAUUUAGCCUUCUCUCACCUUUUUCAGGAGCCCUGUAGUUAUUAAUGCACACGUCCACUGCUCCUUGUACACACAAGUUAUUCUUCUUCAUGUAGUUUCUAAGGCUGCUUUAAGGAAAACAGUUUAGCCUUAGGAAAUGGAAAAGACCAAGGGAUUCUGUUUACAAUUGAUCUUAUCCACUAUCCAUCUCCUGGUCCAGCCUGGGCAUUUAACUGGCCCUCACUGAAGGCCAGCAUUUAUAAUCCCAGUCUUUUAUCUCACUCAGGUGCUAGGAAAAACAGAAGAGAGGGAAGACCCACAAUUCAGUGGGCCAAGUGAAAGAGGAGGGAAUGAUCAAAUCACGUAACCCCAAAUCCAUGGUCUUAGUCUUUCCUGGAGACUGCCCUACCAGUCUAGCCCUCAUUCCUUAUCCCCAUCCCCCCAUAAAGUUACUCCAGAGUAGGCAUCUGUCAGGCCAGAGUGUUAGCAGUGUCAUAGAGCUCCCUGAUUACUCUGGGGAGCUGUCCUGUAUGGUGGUGACACGGAACUGAGCACCUAGGGCCAGCAGGGGAUAAGGAUGGUGGUCAUUGGUUAGGCCAAGUAGGAGAAUGGUGCCUGACCCCCUAAGCUGUGGUCUCGCUCUCCCCGGAGAAGCUGUUUUGUGUGUCUGCUGUGAGCUGCUGGUCUCCACACCCUCACCCGCUCUUAACUCCCCUUGCAGGGAGAAGGCCUCCUGGGCACUGUCCUUCCACCCGCGCCAGCUACCCCCUGCCCCACUGCUGAAUGAAGUCCAUUUCAAGCGCGGCUUCUCCCUCCCUCAUGCCUCCCAGCUGUUAUUGCUGCAGGGCCACGCCCCUCUUAAUGCCAUGCUUGUCCAGCCCACCACCACAGCCCCUCUCAGCCCUCCUUAGCAGGUGGGAGGGGCCAACCGCCUCUAGGACAGUAGCUUCCUCCCUUUAGCCAGACUGCUCCUCUCCUCCUAAUGGAAUGGAGCUCCUGCCAGCCAGCCAGCCAGCCUUGCCCUGCUCCAUCGUCUGUCAGCAGCCCCAGCCUAUGUGUAGGGAGAAGGAACUCACCGAGAGCUUCUCCUGCCCUUGCAAGCCCGUACCAGCGACUUGUAAUCAUCUCCAAGGGAACCGGCAUGGCUCCCUAGCCAUUCAUCUGCAUGAGUACUCUCUUGGCUCCCUUAAACCGUCAAGAAAGCAAUUUUCUGCUUGUUAGAGUCACUGAGGUCAGCUGUGUGAGCCCCCAUGUGGGACAAGGGUGUCUUCCUUCAUUGAUUGCUUAAAGGUAUUUAUAAGGGUGAGUCAUUACAGAUGUUGGGGAGCAAGGGGGCUAGUGUCACUUAAAAAAAUCAUCACUGGUGGCUGGCCUGGUGCAUGGAGACAACCUGUUUACCCCUAAAAUAUGGUCAUUUGGGAAGUGAUUUUCCUGAAAAGAGGUUGCUGAGUUUGAUUUCCUUAGCCCCCCCUUAAAAAAAGUGAGUUAAACACACACAUGAACCACCCAAACCCAUAAGUUAUAUACUCUAGGAAGAAAAAUAGCACCCUUUUGUACAUUUAGCAAUAAGAGGGAUCUCUUUCCACAUACCCUGACCAUUCCUAUUCCCAUCCCCUACCCUGUUAAUGUGAGCAGUGAACUAUCCUGACCACAGGUGGUCGCUAUAGGCUAGUGGAAAAUCCUCAGUGGAGGGCAAAGCCCCAGCAGGUGCAUGAAUGUUUGCGAGUGUCAGCUGCUGCUGCCCCACACACUGUGUCUUUAUAGAACCCUCCCUUGGCCACCUCACCUGCUAUCCCCACCUGGAUGCAACUUGCUCAAAAGCUGGUGACUUGUGGGCCACUUGUCUACAAGUCCUGACGGAACAAGAGGCCAAGCCUAGGGGAUGCAGGAGUGACCCAUUUUUAAAAUGUUAGUAGUCCCAGCCAAUGUUUUGGUGAUACUCCAGUUUAACUUCCCAACUGAAAGCAAGCCAACAGACACUCAGACUGGUCAUGUAAAUGUUGCUAGCCUCUGUGUUGUACAACUAAACAAUGCUGUUUGAAAAUAA